GACAGAGGGAGCGAGAGGGAGACCGACUGAGAGAUUUUCAGAGUGAGUCACAAACUAGACUGCCAAGCCUGGAUCUGCUCAGCCCAGGAUUUCAUGUCAAGCGUCUCCCAGUAAGGGGAGGAUACACUCAGUCCUGAGGACGGAAGGGUAUGACCAGCCACACAGAGUGCACCAGCCAGAAGUUUAGUCUGCAGGAAUGAUAUGACACGGCCCUGCAGCUUUGGAAGUAAAGGUCUGAUUCUGACAUCCAUUUGUGGCAUUUCUCCUUCAUUCUGAAAGUUAAACUUUUUUGAACUGUUUCGUUCUGCAUUUUACUUUAAUGCUCACCAUUAUUUUGGAGAUCCUGUCAUUAGGAGAAAUACGCUCAUUGUUAGAGGCAUGUCCUAAACUAAAAAGCUCUCCAGGGAAUCACUUCCUUAUCCAAGCUGUGGAUCUGUGGACUCCAUUUUGAAUCGCUCUUUAAACUCUUUUUGCUAAGCAAUCUCUGCUCACUUAAAUCCUGAAAAGCUACAAAACCCUUGCACUUCCAGAAAAAAAUGGCAGAAGUUACAAGUGUAGCAUGCAAAUCCUGCAGUGUGCUGACCUGGGAUCAAGUGAGCCGUUUGAAUGAGGUCCUUACAGAGGCUGUUCCUGUUCACGGUCGAGGUAACUUCCCAACGUUAGAGGUGAGACUGAGAGAUAUCAUCCAAAUUGUCCGAAACAGACUUGGGGAGCAAGGUGUUCAAGUUAAGGAUAUCCGUUUAAAUGGCUCCACUGCAAGCCAUGUUUUGGUGCCGGACAAUGGCUGGAGUUACAAGGACUUGGAUCUAAUAUUUCGAGUGGAUCUUCAGAGUGAGGCAAUAUUCCAGCUGAUCAAGGAUGUUGUUUUGGAGACACUCUUGGAUUUUUUGCCAGAAGGGGUUAAUAAGGAAAAGAUUACCCCCAUGACUCUGAAAGAGGCCUAUGUUCAGAAACUGGUAAAAGUUUACACUGAGCAGGACCGAUGGAGUUUGAUUUCUCUUUCAAACAACAAUGGUAGAAAUGUAGAACUGAAGUUUGUUGACUCAAUCAGACGUCAGUUUGAGUUCAGUGUAGAUUCUUUUCAAAUUGUUCUUGACUCCUUGCUGUUUUACUAUGACUGCUCACAGAAUCCCAUGUCUGAGCACUUCCAUCCAACUGUUGUCGGAGAAAGCGUGUAUGGUGACUUUGAUGUUGCUUUGCACCACUUGAAAAAUAAGCUCAUAACUACAAAGAAUCCAGAAGAAAUUCGGGGAGGUGGGCUUCUUAAGUAUUGCAAUCUGCUGGUUAGAGAUUUCAAACCUGCAGAUGAGGAUGAAAUCAAAGCUUUGGAGAGGUACAUGUGCUCAAGGUUUUUCAUAGACUUCCCUGAUAUUGUGGAGCAGCAGCACAAACUGGAGUCUUACCUCCACAGUCAUUUUGUUGGUGAGGAAAAAAGUAAAUAUGAUUAUCUGAUGAUCCUUCGCAGGGUGGUCAAUGAGAGCACAGUGUGCCUCAUGGGACACGAGAGGCGGCAAACUCUUCAUUUGAUUUCCCUUAUUGCGGUCCGUGUCCUGGCAGAGCAAAAUGCAAUACCCGAUGCAUCGAGUGUUACAUGCUAUUACCAGCCAGCUCCCUACGUGAGAGACUUAAACUUCAGCAACUACUAUGUAGCCUCCUGCAAUCAUUCGUACCCAACUUGGUUGCCCUGUAACUAAAAGAUUAUGUGACAGAGGUUCAAGAACUUUUUUUUCCUUUUAUUUUUUUGCUCUCACUUGAACUGAAAGUGGACAGAAGCACUUGAAUGUUUUGGGGGUAAUGUAGGUAAUUUUUUAUAAGCUUUUGUCAAGGGAGCAUGUGGUUGGGUGGCAGGGUAGUUGUAUACUAUAUAGUUCUUGGACCCAAACGCUGUCGGCACUUUUUAUGUCUUUCCAUAUUCUAUGAAUAUAGUCUCCUGCUCCACUUAAACACUUUUUUUUUUUUUUUUGUUGGGAAGAUUUAAAAAGUAGGUAUAGAAUUAAACAAAUUAAAAAGGGUGGGGGGGGGUGUUGAUUGGAAGUAUUCUAGACAUGUUUACAUUAAAAUUUUUGUUAAAUAUUGAAAGUAAUUAAACCAAAAAGGCAAAAAUUGUGUGGGGGGGGGUGUAUGUUGCACACAGACUAUUGCACAAUGUGGUUUGUAUUUGUAUAUUUGGUUGGAAUUUCAUAUUCUAUAUGAAGGUCAUUGUGCCCGUAUUGGGACAAAAAAUUUCCGGCCUUGCUUUACAACCUUAUUGGGUUAGUGUUGGGGGUUUGCUUAUUUUGCACUUCAUGUCUGAGCUCCUGCUUUAGGAAUGUUUGUAAAUGUUAGAGCAAAGGGGUAUUUUUUCCCCUCCUUUGUUUAAAGUAUGUUAAAAAAAAAAAAAAA